CGAUCCUGGCGUGUAUUAACAGUUUUGCAAUAUUCCACACCAAAGAAUCUGCAAAAUAUAAGCAUAAAAAUUUAUAUGUCCGUAUUAGAACAAUUUGACCGUUACUUAUAAUCAUUAACCAAGGACAUGCUGGAAGAUUCUGCGGUGCAAUCCGUCGAAAAUAUGGUUUCCGUUUGAACCGGUUUUGAAAGCAAAGCCGGCCCAAGUGUCUGUUUGUUUUGUGGCGUGGCGAAUCGAGUUGGAAGUUUUCCUUUAAAAGCAUCAGUACCAGAUCGACGUGAAUGGAAUGUAAAGCAUUUGGGACUUGACCACUAAGUGCCUCAGCUCGCCAGUCGGUUGUGUAUGCUCUGCCGACAACGACGUUUACAAACGCCGCCUGCACAGUGGUCUGAAGUGCUUUUCGUACAGGAUGGUUACAAGUGUAUGGCACAAGAGAGCAUAAUCACUGAUGUGUGGCAAGCAUUGUGGACCUACUUUCAUGUUGCAUAUUUUUCACUUUACGUUCCCGACCCUCCAUCUUGUUUUGGGCAGACCAGCGUUUUAUUGAUCAGUUGUGGUUAUUUGUUUAUUGAUUCAUUCUGGUCUUGAAGUGUAUUGAAGCUAUAUACGGAGUAUAUACGAGAUCCUGUUAAAACUCUCAGGUGUUUCGUAAAAUCCGGAUAAUCGUUCCAUCAGCAGAAAUGGGUCAUCCUCCGUUGCCUUAAUCUUUCUAUUGACACGCUGGCCGUAAAAAAACGCAUUAAUAACUGAUGAACUGUAAUUAAGGAUACGCUUAUCGAGAGCGUAUGUGUGUAUGUUGUCCAUAUCUUGGGCUGGGGAAUCGAUGCGUGGAUCGUUAUCUCUGUGAUUUGUCUUGAUUUAUCGAUUACUAAUCUGUUUCAUCCUCGCUGGCUGGCAGCUGUCUAUCGUGGGAGUGUAGUGUAUGGUGUGCUAGUUUGAAGGAGAGGAGAUGGUGCAAGAAACCGUGGAGUACCACACGACAGCCGACCACCGUCCCGAUUCUCCGUCAACGGACGACGGCGGUGGUGAGGUGUUGAGUGAGAAGGAUUUGCGUCGUCAGGAGAAGGAGCGCCGUGAGCAUGAUAAACGCCUGAAAGCCGAUCGGGAACGAGCGGAAAAAUUGGCGAAAAAAGAGCACGAUCGGUUGGAGAAGUUGGCGAAGAAGAAGGAGAAGGAAGAGCAAAAGUCACGGGGGAAGACAUCCAAAACAUCCACCACUACCACAAUGGUGCGUACCGAUCAUACAUCACCGUCACCCGCCUACACCGACGAAGUCGAUGACGCUGAUAUGAGUCCUCCUGUCUCCCCAGUGGGUGGCGUCCCCAUGCAGACAACGAUCCCCGCGGCUUAUGAGCACGUGACGGAGGAGAUCUCGGCGCAGGCGUCGGGUCCGGGUGCCUAUGCCAGCAACACCAUCCGCUCCAAUCUGAGCGUCAAUACCAACGGCCGCACCCGGGAUCUGGUGGUGCCGGUGAUUCCCGCCGAUCGCACGGCCACGCCGGGCGGUACCCUGAAACCCGGCUCAACGCAGAAGGCCGUCGUGCGCCUGCUCAGCGAUCAGGACGCCGAGUUCUAUGUUCCGAAAAAUGCUACCGGGCAGGAGUUAUUCGAGCGUGUCUGCGAGUUCAUCAACCUGCAAGAACGGGACUAUUUUGGCAUCCGCUUCAUGGAUACCGACAACGAAAAAAGCUGGUUGAAUAUGGAGAAAACCAUUAAGCAGCAAGUGAAAGGCGGGCCAUGGGUGUUUGAAUUCCUUGUCAAGUUCUAUCCACCACAGCCGACUGAGCUUAAGGAGGAUCUGACACGAUAUUACCUAUGUAUGCAAAUCCAUCGCGACUUAAUCACGGAAAGGCUGCCGGCAUCGUUCACGACAUUGGCGGUGUUGGGCUCGUUGAUGGUACAGUCAGAGCUGGGCGACUAUGAGCGCUCUACACAUCGUGGGAAUUAUGUCAGUGAAGUGCCGCUGGCACCACCCAGCCGGCAGAAUGCUGAACUGGAGGAGAAAGUUAUGGAGCUGCACAAGGAAAGCACCAGGGGUAUGGCGCCCACUGAAGCGGAUUUACGCUAUUUGGAAAAUGCUAAACGUUUGGCGUUCUAUGGCAUCGAUCUACACAAGGCCAAGGAUAAGGACAAUACAGACAUCAAAGUGGGUGUCUCUGCCAGCGGAAUCCAUGUGUACCGCGGCAAUCUGCGAAUUAAUCGUUUCGCAUGGCCGAAAAUCCUUAAAUUAUCGUAUCGCCGUUCGAACUUCUACAUUAAGAUCCGCCAGAUGGAGUUUGAAGAUUCGGAGAAAGAGAUCCAAUUCAAGUGCCCCUACGAGAAGGCGGCCAAACGGUUGUGGAAAGUCGCGAUCGAGCAUCACACGUUCUUCCGUAUGCGCAGCAGCGAAGAGCCCAGUGAUUAUUCGACACUGCGCUGGCCGCGUCUGGGCUCCCGCUUCCGUUAUUCGGGCCGCACAUAUUCGGAAGCCAAGGCCAGUAGUGAGAAGAUUGACCGCCAACAGCCGGAAUUCCAACGAACAUGGAGCAAACGCAAUCCGUAUAGCGUCAGCGUUGAUGGAUUAAAUCAACAAACCACUUUAACCCACCGCCAGCAGUCCCUGGAUGGUACGGGACGCCCGGUGUCCGUAUCGGACUACGAGAGUCGACGCCGUGAAUUGGCUAAUGGAUCGAACAAUGUAUACGAUCAGCCGAUCAAGGGCGGGCGGGUGGCCAUUGCCGAGGGAGCACACGGUGGUUAUGGAUAUGGAAGCGGGGCGGGCGGUCUGGGAGACCGAGUGUACCAGACAGACUACACGAAAACAACAUUCCAUGAUGAUAAGGGAAGUCCCACGGGUGGAGGGGCGCAGCUGUUGACGAAUAAUUCCGUUACCCAAGAGUCUCGCACGACGGUGGGCGGUGUCGGUCCUGAUGGUCUAUCACGUGGCUCGUCCGUCUUCUCCUCGCCGGACGGCACACUGAAAUCCCGCACGGAAUUUGAAUACAUUCCCAAUGCUUCGUGGCGCGGCCGUGAUGCCGAUUACCCGAGCAGUCCCACAUCCGGCGACGGCCGGGGUUAUGAUUUGGGCGGUCCCUACCGGGGCUACGGCGAUGGCCGGGGCGCCUAUUCUCCCACAUACAGUACCGCGGUUAAGAACUUCGGAUUGGACGGCGAGGGUAAUCGCAGUCCAGGGGGAACACUGACCUCGACCCGGUAUAAUCGACAGGAAUAUUAUACGAAUGCCGAUGGUAGUGGCGAUGAUGCGACUAAGGUGUUGAAGAUUCCGGUGGGCGGUGUUGGAGUGAUGACCACGACGUACGGCAAUGUGACCGAAUACACAACACGUACCAAAACGACCACGAGUACAAUUAAGAGCACGAUCGAGAAGUAUCCCGGCGCUGGUGGUGGUCCUGGCGGAAAUAUGGAUAGCACGACGUUAACGACGCGAUCCAUCAACGGACCUUCCAUGUCGCCUAGUGCCAGCGAUCCACUGGGCAGCCCUAGGCGACGCACCGAAACCCAUCCGUUUGGUGCAACGGCACCCAACGUAGUCAGCACCAAAGUGAAAACCACCGAAACCACCACGUUCGAAGUGGAUCGUAACGGUGAAAAAGAAACACACGUGGAGGAGCGUGUUACCAUCCUUACCGAUGGCGAAGAUAUUGAUCAUGAUCAAGCUCUCGCGGAAGCCAUCCAGAAUGCCACAAACCUCAACCCUAAAAUGAAGGUUGAGAAGAUUGAGAUCGACCACGCAGAAGGAUAAGCGGCUUUAUCUUCAGUGCAGUCCCAGAUGAACGGUAUGGAAAUUUUCAGUAUAUUUCCGGCGCCAAAUGCAUGUAUCCAUUUAUCCAGUUGGACAGAUUAUAAUGAUGCAAUCCAGAAUACGAAUUUUAGCCAACAUUUACGAAAAUUGUAGUAUGGUGGAUUUUUUACUGCUUUUGGAAACUAUUACGUUAUGAGAAUUGAUUUGAUAGUAUAAACGAGUACGGUUUUGAAGUGAUGGAUGGUACUCUUGUGCAGCUGUUUUGGGUCUUUUUUACGUUUUUGUUACCCUAUGUACGUAGCAUAUACACACCGCAUUCGCUCCUAUGAACUUGGGCAGCUUACAAAGUGUACUAUCCAACGCCACACUGAAAUACACCGGCAACUACGUGUUCUUUUCAUUUUUUUUAUUUUCGUAGUUUUCAUCUCGCAACUGUUGUUUUCCGAUUCUGUUAGUGAUGUGGUGCUUGCUGUAAAAAAUAUUGCAAUAAAACAGUUAAGAAAUGG